UCGGCGUGCUGUGGCUAGGCCUAGCGUGCCAACGAGAGGAUGUUGUCAGCCAUCUUCGGACUAUCGCUCGGGCUGCUGUUACCUGGGCACGGCGGAGGUAAUGGGCUCGUCGCCCGCGAGACUCGUCUCGCCCGUGACACUCGCCUCGCCAUCGUGUCGCGUCCACCGCCGGAGGGCUUCACUUGGGCCGACGAAGAUAUUGCAUCCGCACCUGCUGCGCCUGCCGCCUCGGCUGCUGCACCUGCCGGCUCGGCUGGCCCGGUUUCGCCCGAGAGGGUCAAUGUGCUGCAGGACGCAUCUGCGGUCGCGGCGUCGGUUGCUGCGCGCGUCGAGUCUGCCGCGGAGGCCGCGAUCGCGGAGCGUGGGCACUUUGCGCUCGCCAUUCCGGGAGGGUCUGUGCUCAAGAUGCUCCAGAGCUCGCCUUCGUUUGCAGACCGCACCACGUUGGCGUACGUAAACCACAAGGCGGUCCCGAUGGACGACGCAAGCCUCGCGACGCACGCAAAGGCGGGCAAGCUGUUUCUCGACACAUGGGCCGGCACAAACGCCAUCGUGAUGCGCGGGACGGCCGACGCGGCGGGAGAGGCGGAGGCGUACGAGGCUGCGCUGCGGGCGCUGUCGCCAGAGGUGCUUCCGCGCUCGCCGGACGGGCUCCCCGUCUUUGACAUGAUGCUGGUCGGCGUCGGCGACGAUGGCCACGUCGGAUCCCUCUACCCGGGCCGCGACGAGGUUGCGGACGCGACUGGCCGGUGGGUGCUGCCGGUCGAGAUGAAGGUUCCGGGAAGCAUCACUCUCUCCCUGCCCGUCAUGGCUGCGGCCAAGGAGGUGGUGAUUGCGGCGUGCGGCGUUUCCGACAAGUACCCAAAGGGCAAGUCGGCGGCGAUGGCGCGCGGCAUCGAGGGCGACGAGACGCCGCAGACUUUCCCGGCCGUCGGGCUGCGCGGCGUCGCCACGUGGGUCGUCGACGCCGCGGCGGCGAGCACGCUCUCCUUCGAGUACGCUGAGUGCUUCGCGCUCGCCUCCUCGCGCGGCGACUGCUGCCCACCCGCCUGAGGCGCGGCCGCGUCUAGCGGCGUGGCGCUGCGCGGCCGCCGCUGACUGUUCGACGCAAGUUACAUACACCGAAAGGGGGUCUGUGUUUCCGGGUUCCUCCCUAGACGGCCGCUUUCGCAGAAAUUACUGGCAACCAAAAA